UCACUACGUGCCCUCCUUGCCAGUUCUACAAUGAGUGCCAAAUCUGCCAUCAGCAAGGAAAUUUUUGCACCUCUUGAUGAAAGAAUGCUGGGAGCUGUCCAAGUCAAGAGGAGGACAAAGAAAAAGAUUCCUUUCUUGGCAACUGGGGGUCAAGGCGAAUAUUUAACUUAUAUCUGUCUGUCAGUGACAAACAAGAAACCCACACAGGCAUCUAUCACAAAGGUCAAGCAGUUUGAAGGUUCCACAUCAUUUGUUCGGAGAUCACAGUGGAUGCUUGAGCAGCUUCGCCAAGUUAAUGGUAUCGAUCCUAACCGGGAUUCUGCAGAAUUUGAUUUGUUGUUUGAAAAUGCUUUUGACCAGUGGGUAGCCAGCACAGCCUCAGAGAAGUGCACCUUCUUCCAGAUCCUCCACCACACCUGCCAGAGGUACCUCACAGACAGGAAGCCAGAGUUUAUUAACUGCCAAUCCAAAAUUAUGGGAGGAAACAGCAUCCUCCAUUCAGCUGCUGAUAGCGUGACCAGCGCUGUACAGAAGGCAAGUCAGGCCUUGAAUGAGCGUGGAGAGCGGUUAGGCAGAGCGGAGGAGAAGACCGAAGACAUGAAGAACAGCGCCCAGCAGUUUGCAGAAACUGCACACAAGCUUGCCAUGAAGCACAAAUGUUGAAAAGCUGCCUAUCCUCGUGACCCUCUUAAGAGAAAUGGAAGAAUUGUUCAGCAGUUUUUACAAGAAUUCUGGACCUCCAGUUGCUUCUUUUUUUCCCAAUAUAUGGACACUUAGGGUUUUUUGUUUUGGUUUGGUUUUCAUUUUCAGGUGUUAAUAUGAAUGAAAAUGUGUUGUGUUUAUACAUUCACCUAAUAAUCUUGCUAAAAAAUGCAACAGUAGCAUCAGUUUCAUUUUAAUUUUUUCCCUUGUGUGUGUGUGUGUGUGUGUGCAUAUGUGCAUGAGUGUAUGUGGGUUUGUGUGUGUUUGGAUAUUUUCCUUUUUAUGAAGAAAUUUUUUUGAAGUUUGGAUAUAAAAUUUGGACCAAAUGAUAAACUAAGCUGGGUCUAAACUGGCAAUGUGUAUUUUUUUUCCCUUCCUGAUAUUAAGCAAGAAGACAUUUCAGUGUGGUUACAUCAGAUGUUAUUGUUGCUGGAUGAAAAUAAAAGUCAAGCAGCAAUUGGUUUCACUCACACUCCUAGAACUCUUAAGUUGAAGAGUAAAAUUAGAAUUCUGUAUCCUGCGAUAUAAAUCUGUCUUAUGAAAAAUACUUGGCUUUAUCAUAGGAAAUAGCAGUCUUAGAUUUUACUUUUUGCAUAUUAAUCUUUUGCAUGUACCAUUACCAGUAUUCAAAAAACAAAUCAGAAUCACAAAUAGAAAUCUACUUUCUGAGCUGCAACUUAAUGACUUCUGCUACUUCUUUCCAGACUGAUGAUUUGGAAUUAUCAUAUGAAGGAUAAAAGCUUGAGAGUUAAGACCUAAAGGAAAGCCUACUUUUAAAAACUCUGUGGCUUCAAGGAUGUUUCUCUUUUGUCUUUGUGCCAAAUUACCAUAGCUGGUAUUGGAAUGAGCUUGGAUUUUUAUCAAAAAUUGAUUUGUCCAGAUAAAAUGUCUAUGUGAAAAGAUACUGCAUUUAAAAUCCUUUUUCUUCUGUUUUUACAAAGCUAUGCCCAUUUUAGAGACAUCCUCAGAAUGUCCUUAGGAAAGGGCCUUCAGUUUCUUGGUAUCUGGCUUUUGGAGGUUUGCAUGUUGUUCUUACUGUCUAUUUAAUGCAAUUUAACAUGUGUGUUUAUUGACAAAUUGCAUAUGAUAGUAAUUGCAGUUUGCCAUGAAUUUUGUCAUAAAGACUUUAUGUUGCUGCCAGACUGAAUAGAGUUGGUCACCUACCUUUUGUUUGUGUGUUGGUCAAGAUGAUACUACAUUUUUGGUCUAGAAGCUUUGUUUUCAAGAAGAUUAAAAUACUAAACAUUAAAAAGCUGUCCUUGUUCCUCAUGAAACAAGGAGGCAAAGCUGUAUAUCUCACAUCUUAGACACACUGUCAGCCUCUCGCUGCAAUACACUGAUUUUUAAGCUGCCGUAGUCUUCAGGACCCCCUUCUGUUCCUUUCUUUUCAUUGAGCCAGUGGAGUCCUUGUGCAUUGUAGUCUCUUUCUUAUAUAGGAGCAUAAGAUGACUUUUGGAUUCUUAAUGUUGACUUAAAUAGCUUAAGUUCUCCUGAUAAAGCAUUCCUUGGGAGACAGAAUGUUUGUCUGUCAGAAAAUAAAAAUCAUAGGCAGUACAUGUCAAAAGGGAAAUGGAUUUGCUGAAGACAAACUUCUUAAUCUUCUUAGAGAGAUGAUCCAAUUCGAGAAAAUGCUAUAAAAUUUAUAUAGUAAACAAUGAAAGUUUACUAUAAUAUUUUUACUUUUAUUUUGGUAUCUCCAAAAUUUAAAGAGGCAUGCAAUAUGCCAUUUCAUGAGUGCCAUUAGAAGCAUUUAUAACUUCUAGGAAAAUCAAAAUAGAUUUUGAUGGCAGACUUCAGUUCAGAAAACGCACAACACACAAAACACAGCUAUAUAUAUAUAUAUAUAUUCAUCUUCUCAAAUUAGAUUCUGGUUUCCAAGAUAGAUAGGUGGUAUAAAUAAUUGAGAGAGUAAAUCUAAAACCCUCUGACAGUUGACCAAACUCAAGAAUAACAUUGGUGUUGGUCAUGUCCUUGACCUCCCUGUAUCAAAGUACUACUUGGCCUCCUCCAAACAGAGGCCAUAACAGCAAUUCCUAUCCCUCUUCUACCUUCCAGCCUCUGGUAGAGGAUCCCUGUGACAACACAGGUGAAAUUCUUUGCUAUUCUUUUGUAGAAGGUGCUGCAAUACAAAAUACUAAUACAAUCUAACCUAGAGAAAAUUGCUAAAAUGAUUUAUAUCAUUUGGGACAAACACAUUUGGUUGAGCUUGCUAGAUGAAUUGUUUUUUUCUGUUUCCUUUCAGCACUUCACUAUGAAUUUUUUUGUGAAGGACUUCUCGAAUUGUAUUGCCACAAUAAAGGAAAGAAUCUUCAGUGUUUCCACUUCUCCCUGGGACAUAGCGAUAGCAUUCUUCACUAGUAUUAUUAGGUAUCUGUGUUCAGGAAGUAUGCAGUUAUUCAGGCUAAUGUUUCAUUUUAAAGAAUGUAUUUGUAAAAUGUAACAAGAUCAGUAGUUAACAAUUUUUGAGCUCUACAAAAAUUAAAAUUAUAUGUUAGACAAAAUUAUACUGAAAUCUGUCAAUACUAUUGUGGCUAGCAGAGGCUGUGCAUUUAUGUAAAAAAUAUUUAAAGAAUACUCUAAAGAAGGGAUAUUAAAGAUAGGUUUCACUUGUAAUUUUCAGAAUUAUAACACUGCUAAUGUCUGUUGUACAGUUAUCAAUUCUUCAGAAGAUCUCUAAGAUAAUUGUUGUUUCAUUCAGAGACCAGUAACACCUGCUCUGUUGAUUCACUACUACAGCAAACUUUAAUUUUGUCAUUAAAUAUUUUACUUC